UAAACUGGUUUUUAUCUUUUAUAUAUCUAUACACCAUAAAACUGAUUGAAUAAGUCAUCGUAUUUUAACUCAAAAACAACGUUGUUGUGACACAAUUAAAACAUUAAACAAAUCUUUUUCCCUAAAAUCAAAUCUUCAGACAUGUUGUUCCCAACCAGCAGGAGUUAUCAAACUGAUGCUGAAAUCAAUGUGUUUUAUCAGUAAAUAUCAUUUGCUUUUUUCAGGCAGUUCUAAACAUGAGUUGUUCUUAUCAGCAGAACUUCAGUGCAACAGUUGUAGGAUGGAAAUGCUUUGAACGAUUGAUUUUUCAACAACACACGUAUAACAAGAACAUCGUGUGGACCAAACAGUGGUGGAAAAAAGUUUUGGGACUCCCCAUGUAUUUGUGAAAUACUGCAUUAAGAAUCCCUCUGAGGUCUUCAAGUGUAAUUUCUUUUAGUUCAGUCACAGCCAGAAUACUAAACGCAUCCUAAAAAAGACAUUAAAAACUAAAAACUGAUUGGUUCCAUAAAAAUACAGAAGAAGUACUGAGUUUUGGCUCAUUUUGGUUCCAGUGAUCCACUAAUGAAGGUCCUGCUUUUUAUUUAAAGACACAAUUUCUGUUGGCGUACUUCGUGUCUUUAUAAAGCAGCACAUUAGAAAGUUUUUCAGAGAUAAAAAUGACUAAAACAAAGAACCGAACACAGGAAACUCAGUCAGGAAGGGUGCAGCUGUAACCACAUGAACAGGAAGUGCAGAUGCAGCCCUUCAGCAGUUGGAUUCACUCUGCAGAAAUACAGACCAACCAACAGCUGGAAGACAAACCAACAUCUGGAUGUCCAAGAGUUUCUUCAGCAAGAAAUGACUUCAUCCUGAUCCACAUGGAAAACCAUGAUAGGAGCUUCAGCAGCAGUGGUCAAACCAAACUGGUGUCCAGUGUUCCACCAGACUUUUAGAUCAUGGCUGAAGGUCCUACAAGGCUGUCAAGAAGCUCCUGACCAAUGAGAGACAGAGGUUAGCCCGGCGUCGUUGGACCAAGAACACAAGAACUGGACAGCCAGGAAGUGGAAGAAGAUUCUGUGGUCAGAUGAGUCCAGAGUUGGUCCAAAAUAACUCAAAACUACUCCAAAGUGAAUUAAAAAGUUCCAAAAUGACUCAAAAUUUGUCUAAAAUGACUUUAAACUGUCUGAACAUGAUCUGGAAUUAGUUUGAAAUUUGUCCAAAAUUACUCAAAAUUAUUCUAGAUUUAUUAAAAUAGCUCAAAAUUAGUUAAAAUUAGUUAAAAUAUGUCAAACAAUUCUUAAAGUCUGUCCAAAAGUACUUAAAACUUGUGCAGAAAUGACUCAAACUGUUCUAGUUUACUUAAAAUUCAUCCAAAAACAGUUAAAAUGGUCAAGAAAUGACUACAAAUCUGAAUAAAAUGACUCAAAAGCCAUCUAAAAUAUCUCAGAAUUUGUCCAAACUGGUUUAAAUUUGUCCAUAUUUGUGGAUAUUUGUCAAAUGAUACUUUGAAUUGUCUGAACGUGAUCUGGAAUGAGUCAGAAAUUGCCUAAAAUUACUCAAAAUUUGUCCAAAAUGACUUUAAACUGUUUGAACGUGAUCUGAAAUUAGUUUGAAAUUCUUCCAAAUUUACUCAAAAUUAUUCAAGAUUUGUUUAAAAUAACGCAAAGUUUGUUAAACCUAGUUAAAAUAUGUCAAACAAUUCUUAAAGUUUGUCCAAAAUGACUUUAAACUUGAGCAAAAAUGACUCAAACUGUUCAAAUUUACUUAAAAUCCAUCCAAAAGGAGAUAAAUGGUCAUAAAAUGCCAACAAAUCUGAGUAUAAUGACUUGAAAUUCAUCUGAAAUAUCUCAAAAUUUGUCCAAAAUUCCUUAAAUUUGUCCAUGUUUGUGGGUAUUUGUCAAAAAAUACUUUGAAUUGUCUGAAUGUGAUCUGGAAUGAGUCAGAAAUUGCAUAAAAUCACUUAAAAUUAUUAAAGAUUUGUUGAAGAAAAAGCUAAAAAUUUGUUAAAACUAGUUAUAAUAUGUCAAACAAUUCUUGAAGUCUGUCCUAAAGUACUUAAAACUUGUGUAGAAAUGACUCAAACUGUUCAAAUUUACUUACAAUUCAUCCAAAAAGAGUUAAAAUGGUGAAUAAAAUGACUACAAAUUUGAAUAAAAUGAUGAGAAAUUCAUCUAAAAUAUCUCAAAAUUUGUUCAAAAUGACUUAAAUUUGUCCAAAUUCAAUUAAAUUUGUCCAUGUUUGUGGAUAUUUGUCAAAAAUACUUUGAAUUGUCUGAACAUGAUCUGGAAUGUGUCAUAAAUUGCCUAAAAUUACUCAAAUUAUUCAAGAUUUGUUUAAAAUAGCUCAAAAGUAGUUAGGACUAGUUAAACUCUGUGAAACAGUGCUUAAAAUUUGUCCAAAAGUAUUUAAAACUUGUGUAAAAAUGACUCAAACUGUUCAAAUUUACUUAAAAUUCAUCCAAAAAGAGUUAAAAUGGUGAAUAAAAUGAUUUGAAAUUCAUCUAAAAUAUCUCAAAAUUUGUCUAAAAUGACUUAAAUUUUCCAUGUUUGUGGAUACUUGUGAAAAAAUACUUUGAAUUGUCUGAAUGUGAUCUGAAAUGAGUCAUAAAUUGCCUAAAAUUACUCAAAUUAUUCAAGCUUUGUUUAAAAUAGCUCAAAAUUUGUUAAAACUAGUUUAAAUAUGUCAAAUAAUUCUUAAAGUUUGACCAAAAUUACUUAAAAUGUGCAAAAAUAAUGCAAACUGUUCAAGUUUACUUGAAAUUCAUCCAAAAAGAGUUAAAAUGGACAAAAAAUGACUAUAAAUCUGAAUAAAAUGAUUAGAAAUUCAUCUAAAACAUCUCAAAAAGUAGACCCACCCCUGUUUCUAGCUGCUGUUAGUUUAGUUCCAGCAGAAAUGUGGCUCCACAGCUCCGUGUUCGCUCCUUCAUGGGACUAAAAAGUUGUUUUAAGUCGUCGUUAAAGACCACAAACUGCCACAUUUAGCUAAUGGAGGCUGCUGCUAAACCAACUGUUAGCUUGUUAGCUUGUUAGCUCAUCUCUGUCAGGAAGCCAUAGACAGCUCUGUGUUGGUGGGAAUUAAUUAUAGAGUUUGGUGACGUCUCUUCCUUCCUGUUCCUCAGGUUAAUUCUGCUUUUUACCAUUCUAUGUCUCCUUUGUGUUGUUUUAUGGCCUAAUUCUUUCAAUUUCUGUCAUUUUCAGUCUUUUUUCUGUAGUUUUGGCCUCAGUUUGUCUCAUUUUUGUAGUUUUUCUGUUUUAAUCUGUCUCAUUUUUGCCAUUUUGUGUCACCUUUGUGUCAUUUUGAGUCGUAAAUUGUCUAAGUUUUGUAGUUUUGAGUCAUCAUUUCUCUAUUUACUGUCAGUUUGUGUUUUAUGUCUAUUUUUUUGUCAUUUUCAGCUUUAUUUCUGUAAAUUUGUGUCUCAUUUUAAUAGUUUUGUCUUUCAGUUUGACUAAUUGUUGUAGUUUUGUCUCAGUUUGUCUCAUGUAGAAUGUAGUUUUCAAACAUAAAAACCUGCUGUGACUGGAGGUUUGAGGCUCAGAGAUGAAACUUUAAAUGACUCCUUAGUUUUUCUUCAUAUUCCAACUCCCCCAUAAUCAGAACUGAUUCCAUCUGCUUGUCCAACAUUCCAGAUCCUGAAUCAGUGGUUAGAAAUCAGAGUGAAAGUGGUGGACGGUCAGUUUGUGGCUGCUGGAGGAAGCAGUGUGUUGAUCAGAACCUGCAGUUUGUGACUCUGCUGCUCCUUCAGUCAGGUUUUAAUUAGACUCAGUCCAUUUGUUGGUCUUUAACAGGAAAAAGGUUGAAUGUUGAAAUAAUCCGUCACAUGAAACGAGUGGGAAUCAGCCUGUAAAAUGUGCUCUUAUUGUGAAAGUCUGCCUGCUGCUUCCUCAUAGGUGGAGUCCUGACUGGUUCCAGGAAACAGAUCACCUGUCUGAGCGUCCAGAAGUGGACUGUAAACUUUCUUCUUCAGCGCUUUGAAUAAAGUGUGAAGGUAGAAAGUGUGUGUGAGCUGCUGUGAGUUGAGCAGCAUGGAUGAGUGUGAGGACAGAGAGGAGGGAGUCCCUCCCUCUAAAAGCUCUCUGUGUGGGGAACAGGAGAACCAGAGCAAAGCUCAGAGGAAUCCACCUGGACCUGGACCUGGACCUGGACCUGGAUCCAGCUGUGUGUCCUUCAAGAGUGACCGGUCUAAGAAUCAUCCCAUUUUCUUUAAAGAUCAUCAACCUCCUGCUCCAGAGAAAAUCCAUCAGAGACCACAGUCCUCUGGACCUGGACCUGGACCUGGACCUGGACCUGCAUCCAGCUGUGUGUCCUUCAAGAGUGACCGUUCUAUGCGUCUUCCUAUUCAUUUUAAAGGAGAACCAGGUCCUUCUACAGAGGGAGUGGAGCAGCAGAACUCAGAGGUUCCCAGAGCUCAGUCUGUCCAGCAGCAUGACCUGGACUCCAUAUUCAUGCUGCUGGAGGACAACAUGGUGACUUUUGUGAAGAAGGAGCUGAAGAAGAUGCAGAAGGUUGUGAGUCCAGAUUACCCAGAAUGCUCCUCAGAGAGUCAGAGGGAGGAUGAGGAGGAGUUGGAGGGUGAUGAUGAAGAGCAGAGGAGCAGCAGAGAGAUGUUUCAGCAGAUCACAGUGUUGUUCCUGAGGAGGAUGAAGCAGGAGAAGCUGGCUGACUGUCUGCAGAGCAAACUUCCUGCAGUUUGUGGACGUGAACUUAAAUGUGGUCUGAAGAAGAAGUUCCAGAGAGUGUUUGAGGGCACUGCUAAAGCAGGACAGCCGACCCUCCUGAAUGAGAUCUACACAGAGCUGUACAUCACAGAGGGAGGGACUGCAGAGGUCAAUGAUGAACAUGAGGUCAGACAGAUUGAAGCAGCAUCCAGGAAAGCAGACAGAGCAGAAAGAAGCAUCAGAGCAGAAGACAUCCUGAAAGGCUCACCUGGAAGAGAUGGACCAAUCAGAACAGUGGUGACAAAGGGAGUGGCUGGCAUCGGAAAAACAGUGUUAACACAGAAGUUGACUCUGGACUGGGCUGAAGAUAAAAGCAACCAGGACAUCCACUUCAUGUUUCCAUUGACUUUCAGAGAGCUGAAUGUGCUGAAAGAGAGAAAGUUCAGCUUGAUGGAACUUGUUCAUCACAACAAGAUGGCGCCCCGAGCGGCCGCCUUGGUGUUUCGCUGCGCCUUGUUUUGUCUGUUUUUGUGCGUAAAUUGUGUGUCCGCCUGCCCUUACACUCGCGAGGAGCUACUGAACAUCAGGACUAUCACCCCCACGGACCUACUUCCAGUUUUUUUAGCUUCCGCUGCCGAUUUGGUUCACUUUUUAGUCAAAAGAGUGAGAAGACGAAGGAGAGGGAAGAGAGCGGGUGUGCUUGCACGACUUCGGCGGAGAGGCUCGCGCACGGCUUUACCUGGGAUCUUCCUGACCAACGCCAACUCACUCUGCAAUAAGGUGGACGAGCUGCUUUUGCUGAUGAAGAACAAAGACUUCUCCUCCUCGUGUGUCCUGUGCUUCACGGAGACGUGGUUCAACGGGAGCACACCGGACAGCGCGCUCCAACUCGAGGGGUUUCAGCUGCUGCGAGGCGACCGCGAUGCGCUCUCGGGGAAAAGCAAAGGUGGAGGAGUGUGCUUCUACAUCAACAACAGCUGGUGCACGGAUGUGACUGUGAUCUCAAAACACUGUUCUCCUGCUCUGGAAUAUCUCUUCAUUCACUGCAAGCCCUUUUACUCCCCACGAGAGUUUUCCUCCUUUGUUCUGGCCGCAGUUUACAUCCCGCCACAGGCAGACGUGCGUGAGGCUCAACGCGCUCUGGCGGAUCAGAUUCAACAAGUGGAGGGGGCCCUUCCGGACUCCCUGGUUAUUGUACUUGGCGACUUUAACCAGGCGAACCUGAGCCACGAACUACCCAAGUAUAAACAGUUUAUUAAAUGCCCCACCAGAGAGGAGAACACGCUGGAUCACUGUUACACUACAGUGAAGGACGCUUUUCGCGCGAUUCCCCGCGCUGCACUGGGACUGUCAGACCACGUGAUGGUCCACCUCAUCCCCACUUACACACAGAGACUGAAGCUCACAAAGCCUGUUGUGAGCAAAGCAAAGAAGUGGACUGGUGAGGCUGUGGAGGAGCUGCGCACAUGCUUGGAGACAACUGACUGGGACGUGUUUAAAGGAGCCACAGUCAAUCUGGACGAGUACACGGACACUGUGACCUCAUACAUCCACUUUUGUGAGGAGCGCAUUCUGCCAACGCGCACCAGGGUGAGUUAUGCCAAUGACAAGCCGUGGUUCACACCCAGACUCAGACAGAUUAGGAAGGAGAAAGAAGCAGCGUUCAGGAGCGGAGACAGAGACUGCUACAAGGAGGCUAAAUACCGUUUUAGCAGGGAGCUGAGGAGAGCUAAGACUGUGUAUUCAGAGAGACUCCAGCAGCAGUUCACUGCUAAUGACUCUGCUUCUGUGUGGAGAGGACUGAGGCAGAUCACCAACUACCGGCCUCAGGCUCCUAAAGGACAGGACGACAAAGCCCUUUGUCAGAAACUGUCCCAGCACUACGCCCGCUUUGACACCUCGUCAGCUGUGCCCAGCACCUCCCCUCCCCCCAGCACCUCCACUGCUGCCACUGUCACUUCAUCAAAGGCAGUCCCCCCCACAUCCCCCCAUGCCUUUUCCCUCUGUAAGCAGGAUGUGCACAGACAAUUCAGCAGACUGAACCCGUGCAAGGCCCCAGGUCCUGAUGGUGUUUCUCCCUCCACUCUGAGACACUGCGCGGAGGAGCUGGCUCCUGUCUUCACGGACAUUUUUAACACCUCUCUGGCGUCAUGCCACGUGCCGGCCUGCUUCAAAUCUUCUACCAUUGUCCCCGUCCCCAAGAAGCCACGGAUCACAGGACUCAACGACUACAGACCUGUGGCGCUCACCUCUGUAGUCAUGAAGUCCUUUGAGCGCCUGGUCCUGUCCCACCUCAAGACCAUCACCACCCCUCUCCUGGACCCACUGCAGUUCGCCUACAGAGCCAACAGGUCUGUGGACGACGCAGUCAACCUGGCCCUCCACUCCAUCCUGCAGCAUCUGGACUCCCCAGGAACCUACGCCAGGAUCCUGUUUGUGGACUUCAGCUCUGCUUUCAACACCAUCCGCCCUGCUCUGCUCCAGGACAAGCUGUCCCAGCUCAACGUGCCCGACUCCCUCUGCAGGUGGAUCAUCGACUUCCUGACGGACCGUAGGCAACACGUGCGGCUGGGGAAGACUGUCUCGGACUCGGUGAGCAUCAGCAUCGGUUCCCCCCAGGGCUGUGUACUUUCCCCCCUGCUCUUCUCCCUGUACACCAACUGCUGCACCUCCAGCCACCAGUCUGUGAAGCUGCUGAAGUUCGCAGAUGACACCACCCUCAUCGGGCUCAUCUCAGACGGUGAUGAGUCCUUCUACAGGAGGGAGGUGGCCCGGCUGGUGUCCUGGUGCAGCCACAACAACCUGGACCUGAACGCCCAGAAGACAGUGGAGAUGAUCGUGGACUUUAGGAAAGUCACAGCCCCACCACCCCCCCUCACCCUCACUGACUCUCCCAUCUCCACCGUGGACUCCUUCCGCUUCCUGGGCACCACCAUCACCCGGGACCUCAAGUGGGAGCUGACCAUCAGUUCCCUCCUCAAGAAGGCCCAGCAGAGGAUGUUCUUCCUGCGGCAGCUGAGGAAACUCAAGCUGCCCACCAAGAUGUUGGUGCAGUUCUACACGGCCAUCAUCGAGUCCAUCCUCACCUCCUCCAUCACUGUGUGGUACGCUGGAGCCACCAUCAGGGACAGAUUCAGACUGCAGCGCAUUGUGCGCACUGCUGAGAAGGUGAUCGGCUGCAGACUUCCAUCUAUGCAGGAUCUGUACGUCUCGAGGACCCGGAGGCGUGCAGGUCGGAUCAUUGCCGACCCCUCUCACCCUGGACACAGACUGUUCACCCCCCUCCCCUCAGGCAGGAGACUAAGGUCCAUCCGGACCAGAACCUCCCGCUACAUGAACAGCUUCUUCCCCUCUGCCAUCAGACUGAUGAACACUAGAUGACUCUACGUCACACACACGUGCCUAUGUUCAGCAGCGACUCAUCAACAAUUACCACUGUUUUUUGCACUACAAUAUUUGCACUACGUGGUGGCCCCCACCACCUGCUGCUACUGGUCACUUUAUUCACUUAGUCACUUUUUUGUUGUACAGUGUACUUAGUUGUUAGUUUUUAUUAUAGUAGAUGUUAGCUUUUAUUAUAGUAUUUACUUUAUCUUUAUCUUUAUUUUUAUCUUUAUUUUUAUCUCUACUAUUUGUUAAAUGUUUAAUGUAGCAGCAUUGCACCGAGUCAAAUUCCUCGUUUGUGAACCUCAUGAACAAUGGCAAUAAAACUCA